AUGGAGUUGCCUCCAGAUGCCUACGUGUCGGACACUCAGAAGUCCCUCUUCACACUCCGUGGCAGCAACCUGAACAGCGAAGGCUCACCCGCCGUCGUUGAAGUCAACCAAUACCGCAUGACCAAGUUUGACUUCACCAAAAAGAUUUACCAGUAUGACGUCGCCUUGUCUCCAGACCCCGACAAGAAGACUGCCAUCCUCAAGAAAAUUUGGGUGCACCCGACCUUCAAGGCUGCCUUGCAGAGAUACAACUACGAGAUGUGGAUCUGUGACGGAAACAAGCUUGCUUGGUCUCCCGCUCUGGUCGACCGUGGUGAGCUUCGUUUCACUGUCAACCUGGACGAAGGUCGUCCCCAGGUGCAACAAAAACCUGCUCGCCAGAGCAACAACUUCCAUGUGACGCUGCGAAAAACCACUGAGGUUCAGAUGUCGGCUCUCAAAGGAUAUCUCGAGCAGCGCGUCCAGUUCAACAACGCUGUCAAUGAGGCUUUGAACUUUGUUGACCACCUGAUCCGACAGUGGCCUUCUCAGAACCUUUUGGCGAUCAAGAGAAACUUCUACAAGCGCCAGGCCAAGGGUCGACCUCUCAUGGACGGUACCGUUGUUGAGGUUCACAAGGGUACCUAUGCCUCCGUCCGUCUCAGCCACAACUUGAACCGGGGCGGAGUCGGGCUUGCAUUGAAUGCCGACAUUGCCAACACUUGCUUUUGGGUUGGGAACCAGACCGUCGACAAGUUGCUUUGCAACUAUCUUGCGGCUUCCGAGCCUAGACGCUGGCGCAAUCUUCAGUUAGUUGACCUGGCGAACCAACUGAAGCCCGUCCAUGGCAACAGUGGUCGGUGGGAGUCCAGCGAUGCCUUUAAACAACUUCGCAAGCUCCGCAAGCUCAAAUUUACGGUGCGCCACCCAAACCGCAGCGCUGCGGCCGACAAGGUAUACACCAUCCAAGACAUUGCCUUCGGACAACAAUAUGGAGCUGAAGGUGGCAACGCCAGAACUGUCAAGUUUGAGCACGAGGGCCAACAAAUGUCUGUUGCGCAGUACUUUGAAAAGAAGUACGGUGCUCACCUUCGCUAUGCAAACUUUCCCUUGCUAGAUGCCGGCAAAGCUGGCUAUAUUCCCAUGGAAUUUGCAAUGGUUGAGCCUCUGCAAAGGUAUCCGUUCAAGCUCAGCCCGGAUCAAACGGCCGCCAUGAUCAAGAUUGCGGUUACAAGACCAAAGGAGAGAAGAGGCGACAUUCAGACACACGUGAACGACCUUCAGAUAGGCAAUGAUCCGUUUCUACGUCACUAUGGUGUCCAGUUCGACCCGCAAUUCACCAAAGUCGAUGCCAAAGUUCUUGCGCCCCCGGCGGUCAACUUUAGCACAGGUACCGCGGACCCCAAGUUCUCCGGUCGUUGGGAUCUUCGUGGAAAGAAAUUCUGGAAGCAGAACUAUGCGCCACUGAUGAACUGGGGCUUCUUGGCGCUCGACAAUUGCGUUCAACUUCCCCAGCUCAAGGCUUUUGCGCAGACCUUCAAGACUACUUUCAUUGGCCAUGGAGGCAAGUGUACUGCGGAUCCUUUGAUCCUCAUGCCUCCGGGUAACGUGAGAAAUGAUGUUGCUGAGGCCCUCCACUGGGCUCAUCAGCAAGUCACCACCCAGAAGGGCUAUACUCAGCUCAUUUUCAUUGUGGUGCAGCACAAGAACAGUCCUCAUUACAUGCGUCUCAAAAAGUCCGCCGACUGUCGCUUUGGCAUCCUCACACAGGUUGUCAACGGAAGAGCCGUCUUGGAGAACAAUGGGCAAUAUCAUUCGAACGUCUGCAUGAAGGUCAAUGCCAAGCUUGGCGGCGCUACUGCGCGCACCAUUUAUCCAUGGAAGGGGCCGAAAGCAGCCACGUACUUCCCUGAUUCCCGCCCUACCAUGAUCAUCGGCGUUGAUGUUUCUCACGCCUCCCCAGGAGCUGUUACAGCCUCCGUUGCUGCCAUGACCAUGUCUGUUGACAAGGAUGCCAACCGGUACGCAGCCGCGGUUGAGACCAACGGGUUCAGAACCGAGAUGCUGACGCCGAGCAACAUCAACUUUAUGUUUGGCCAGUUAUCGACGCAGUGGAGAAUAAACCACAACGCUGUCCCCAAGCACAUCAUUUACUUUCGGGACGGUGUUUCGGAAGGCCAAUUCGCGCACGUCAUCGAGCAGGAGAUCAAAGAAAUCAAGGGGUUUCUUACACGGGCUAUGCCCGGCCAACCGCUACCGCAAUUCACCGUCAUUGUAGCGACGAAGCGCCAUCAUAUUCGUUUCUUCCCUCAAAAAGGUGACAGAAACGGAAACGCACUGCCUGGCACUCUAGUCGAGAAGGAAGUCACGCAUCCUUUUAUGUGGGAUUUCUAUCUUUGUUCUCACGUUGCCAUUCAGGGAACUGCCCGCCCUGUGCACUACACUGUGAUCCUAGAUGAGGCCAAGAUGCCUGCAAAUGAGUUGCAGAAGAUGAUUUAUCAUCAAAGCUACUCGUACGCAAGGUCGACCACGCCUGUCUCACUCCACCCUGCCGUUUACUACGCGCAUCUCGCUGGCGACCGAGCCCGAGCUCACGAGAACGCCUACAGCAGCGAAGGUCAUCAGGGUGCCAAGGGUCAUGAGAUGGCUCGUGACCAAGAAGCUAAGGGCCACCUUGCCGAAAUGCCAAUGGCCACAGACGCGCCAAAGUUGCUUCCGCUCGGUGGACGUCUUGGUGCGCAGCCCAUGAAUGGAGAGGAGCGGCAAAGAAGCUUUUUCAAGAGUACCAUGUGGUUCAUCUAA